AUGUUAAGAAAUCGAUCUGAACCAGCAUUACAUCUCAAUGAAAUAAAUGUCGAUGAUAAAUAUGAAUUUCUUAAAAAAAUAGGUGCAGGUAGUUAUGGUGAAGUUUGGCUUGUCUUACCAAAAACUUCUUCACCAACAACAUCAUCUCAAACAAAACAAUAUGUUCUUAAACGAUUAGAUCUUCGUCAAUCAACAAAUAAUACAUCACAGAAUGAUAUUGAAAGUGCUGAACGUGAAGCGAAAUUAUUAUCAACAUUAAAACAUCCAAAUAUUGUUGCUUAUAAAGAAUCAUUUCGUUCAAAAGAUAAUUUUCUUAAUAUAGUUAUGGCAUAUUGUGAAGGUGGUGAUUUAUAUACGCGAUUAAAAGAAAAGAAAUCACAAAAACAAACAUUAUCAGAAGAUCAAAUUGUUGAAUGGUUUAUACAAAUAUGUAUGGCUUUACAAUAUAUGCAUGAGAAAAAUAUUCUUCAUCGUGAUUUAAAAACUCAAAAUGUUUUUCUAACAAAAAAUGAAAUUGUCAAAGUUGGUGAUUUAGGUAUUGCAAGAGUAUUAGAUUCAGGAAAUGAUUUUGCAACAACAAUUAUUGGUACACCAUAUUAUAUGAGUCCAGAAAUAUUUUCACAAAAACCUUAUGGACCAAAGACGGAUAUUUGGUCACUUGGAUGUUGUGUAUAUGAAAUGGUAACACUCGAACAUGCCUUCAAUGCUAAAGAUAUGAAUUCACUUGUUGUAAAAAUAAUUCGUGAAGAGACACCAAAAUUAUCGAAACACUAUAGUCAACCAUUACGAGAUAUUAUAACAUCAUUAUUAAAAAAAGAUCCUGACCAGCGUCCAACAGCAAAAAGUCUUUUACAAAAUGCUUAUAUUAAACAACAUAUUUUAAGAUUAUUAGAUAAAACAAAGAAUAAAUGUCAGAAUCAUAUUAAUUCAAAUUCUCACUCUGUAGCAAGUCCACAUUUAUCUUCGCCAUCUCGGCCGCCCAGUGCUUCUCAAAAUUCACCAUCAAAAGCUCGUUUCCCAAAUAAUAAUUAUAAUAAUCCGUCAUCUCUUCCGUCUCAUCCAUUACUACCACCUUCAUAUUCUCGAUCACCAGGAUCAGCUAAUAUUAAUCGAUCUGUACCACUUGUUGAACCACUACAAUCAAGUGAUCCAAUAAGUAAUUCGAGAGUUCGUCGUCAAUUAUCACGUCGAAGUAAUCCAUUACCAUCAAGUGAAGAAGAAAAACAUUUGAAUUUUUUAUCAAAACUUAGUCAAAAUGAUACAUUACAACGACGAAAACGUGAUCAACAAUUGAGUAAUCAUAUAAAACAACAGCAACAACAACCGUCAUCAUCAGAUGAACACGACACAUCACCUAUUCGACCUAAUAAUCAUGUUUCUCACCCAAUUAUUAUAAGUGAACCACCACGAAAUCAUAUUAGACCAAGUUCAGUAGAAUCGAACAUAAACUCAUCACAAUCUUCACCUCAAUCACGAAUAACAAAAUCCUAUGAUUUAAAUCAGGGAACAAAUUCUAGUGCACGACAACGUCGUCGAGAGAAUAAAUUACAUUCAUCAUCAACAGAAUAUUCAACAUCAAACGAAUCACCAAAUCAAACAUCAACAACGCAUAAUGAACUACCACCAUCAAUAUUACAAGAUAAUCUAAUAGUAGAAAUUGAAAAGAAAAAAGAAAGUGAAAAAGAUAUCAAUGAUUUUGUUUUUAUGUUAACUGCAACAUUACAAUUACCAUCAGUUAAUAAUCAUGAUUCAUAUGAUUUAACAGAUAGUAGUAAUGAUAGUGAUAAAACAAUAAUUGCAAAUGAAUCUCAUCCAAAUAAAAUCUGGUCAUCAGGUGAUCGAACAAUACCUAAUGUAUUACAGGAAACAAAUCGAUUACAUCAACUUUAUGAUGAAAUUCAAAAAGAUUGUCUUAGAGGAAUUAGUUCAAGCAAAUUAGCACGUGUUUUGAAAAUAUGUGAAAAUGUUAGUGGAGCACAACAGACAGAAGAAAUGAUUGAUGAACUUGGUGAAGAUUUGUAUAAUAAAUAUUCUGCACAAAUAUUUCGAUUGAAAUUUUAUGAAGAUACUUUACUUAAACAUGCAUAA